UUCAAACGAGGUCACCGUAAGAUUUCGGAGGAACCUGAUUAUGGCUUGUCGCUUUUUUGUGUUAAACACGAGUCGUUCAUAGGCACCGCCGAACAGUCGGGUCCUGCUUGUCCGCAGCGAGGCACACGAUACAAAUUCAAAGAAUUUAAGAUGGACGUACCCGUUUCUGACUUUGCUCCUCACACAACGUAUCCAGCAGCAGAUUACAAGCAAAAUGGCCUCCAUUAGUUCACUCCGUCGAGCUCAUCGUAACGUUAUACAGACCCGUAGGCGUAUUUGCACAAUUUUUUUUUUCGUGUAUUGGAAUGAAAGAAUCUUCCUACAGCAUGAAGUGCCUCUUUUGCCUACUCAAAGUAGCAAGUAUAAAAUGUCAAUGUUUUUCUUUCGGCAUGUGGCUAGCUAGGCUGUGCGAGCUAACGUUGCUCAUUAGCCAACAAGCAGCUACUGCACACAACUGAAGUCAACUCAAGAAAUAAAAAUGCGAAUAAAAUAAAUAACAUUAAAAUCGUAACCUCUCACUCUUAAAAAAAUAUAUAUAUAUUUAAAUUUCCAAUACUUAAGUACAUUUAAAUAAAAUUAUUUCUAAUAUUUAAGUAGCGUACAGCAAACAUUAGCAACUGGAAGACAAUAUUCUACAAGAUGACUUUUACCAGAGUUUUACUUUUACUCAAGUAUCACUCUCGGCUACUUUGUACAACUCUUAGUAAAGAAAGACAAAGGACAAGAAGGUAUAUCAGAAGGGAAGAAAGGACAUUUUAAGUGAAAAAGAACGAAUGGACGAAGCAAUAGUUAAAAUACUUGGACUUUGAUAAAACGUCAGCUGUAACAAAUUACUACUUUAAAUUGGUCCAAAGCAUCAUUUUUACAGUCACCAUUUUCCACCCCUUUGCAACCGUAUGUAAGAUUAUAUAGGAAAAAGCUUGUGCAAAGUUAUUUUUUUAACUAUAUUCUCUGUAUUGUUCAUAGAUGAUUGAUCUACUGUAAUUCAGUGAUUCUCAAAGUGCGACGACCCGUUAGUGGUACGCAAAAGAAUCAGUGCUUGAUACUUGGAGAGCUAAGCAUUUUUGAGGUUGCACUUGGUAUAAAACGUUGAGAAGCACUGGUCGAAUUCAAAAGAUAAGGUUUCAUGUUGCAAUCUCCACACAGGUAUGUUGGCAUGACAACAUAAGCGGCAGGUGCAGUUUUCCGUCCGGACCGAUUCAACCAGAGUACCAAAAACCAGACGGAUGACAUUGCAAGGGUGGCGAUAUUAUCGACCGAGGUGAAAGAGGCUCGGCCGCAUUCGACGACACGCGCGAGGCGAGGCUGCACGAUGAAGGCCAAGCUGGAUAUCCUGGCCGUGGCCCUGGGCUUCCUGGGCUUGUUCGGCGUGGUGGCGGCCACCGUCAUGCCCAUGUGGCGCGUGUCGGCGUUCAUCGGCGCCAACUUAAUCGUGAUGGAGGUGCUGUGGGAGGGCCUGUGGAUGAACUGCUACAACCAGGCGGAUAUCAAGAUGCAGUGCAAGGUGUACGACUCGCUGCUCAUCUUGCCGCCCGAGCUGCAGGCCGCGCGGGGGCUGAUGGUGGUCUCCAUCGUGGUGACGGUGAUCGCCUUGUUCGUGGCCGGCUUCUCCAUGCAGAGGAGCACCUGCUGCCAGGACAACGCCAGGGCCAAGAAUAUCACGGUGGCCUUCGCGGCGAGUUUGUUCCUGCUCGCCUGCCUGCUCACGCUGGUGCCCGUGUGCUGGGUGGCGCACACCGUCAUCCGCAACUUCUACAACCCGGUGGUGGUGGACUCGCGCAAGCGGGAGCUGGGGGCAUCGCUCUUCAUCGGCUGGGCCACCUCCGCCAUCUUGCUGGCCACCGGCGGCAUCCUCCUGCUCAGCUACAGCAGGCGGCGGUCCAAGGAGUACGCGCCCUACACGAGCUCCUACCUGCUGGCCGCCAGGGACCCCGGGAGAGUCAGCAGCGUGCACAGCGGCAGGGCGCCGUCCAGUUUUCACAAGCAUCACGAAUACGUGUGAUGCCAGCCUGAAAACAGACAUUUUCGAUGUAUUUGCAGACCUGAGAUGAUGUCAUCCAUCUUAUGUAAAUCCUGCACAAAUCCUAAUACUACUAAUACUUUGAUAUACGAGUGACCUAAAUUAAGAUUUUCAUGCUUUGACUUACGAACAAACAUUUGAGAUACAAGCAGCGUAUGGUAGCAGUAAACUUAACUCACUUAACAACAGGCAGCAGUUUGGCAGACAAAAAUAAAGAGACUUCAAAGUGUUUAUUGCCACUCCCAGUCGACAUUUACUUCCAAACUAAAAUCAAACAAAAAGAACUGAACCUUGUGCAUUUAAAGCCAGGCAUAUAUUCUUAAUCCUCUGUGAAGACCGACUAAUAUUACUGUGGCUUAUGAUCCUCAAAGAGCGAACACCGGAAGGACCAGCACAAAGGCCAUUGAGUUGAAGUAAAAAAUAUGGCAAAAACUUUUUAAAUAUUUUUUUCAUUACUGUAUGUUUUUAUAAAGUACAAUAUUAUUUGCGCUAUCUAUUAAAACACACAAUGCAAAUAUUUUUGUUGUUUUUUUUUGGGGGGGGCUGCAAUGGAUUAAUGGCAUUUGCAUCAUUUUUCAUUCAUUUUCAAUGGGGACCUACAAGGCUGGUCACUGAACAAAUUAAACUUGUAUUUCAAGGCACCACUCAUCAUUUGUUCAUCAUUUUGACUGCAAAAAUCAAUUUAAAUGUCCUUUGUAUUUAUAAUUACGAUUGCACUGAUGUGAAUAUGUGUUGUAAAGUGAGAAUUAAAUGGCUUUUUUUUUUUAUGAUUCAACAUUGUUUAUUGUUUUGCCCCCCCCCCCCAAAAAAAAAAUUAAAAGAAAGGUCACUGGUAGUUUGGACCUCCAAUGUUAAGUUUUCCAAGAAAAUAAAUGUGAAGUUCACUGAAGAAUUGUCACCAUAGGUGAAAAAUUAGAAAAGAUAGCUAUGCUUUGUACUAUAUAUCGCAUUAUGAUUGCACUAAUGUGAAUGUGUUGUAACGUGUGAAUUGAAUUGUUGUUUUUUUACUAUUAUUUUUUUUAAUUGAACUCAAUAUUACAAUACAAUAAAAUUCAGUGGUGGUUUGGA